UUUCCGUUCUCUCAUCCACCACCGAUCUCUCCAACAACAAAACCCUAACCCAAAUUCCCAUUCACCAACUCUCCUAUUUUCUUCGGAAUUCUUCAUGGCGAGGACUAAGCAAACUGCUCGAAAGUCCACCGGCGGCAAAGCUCCGCGUAAGCAACUGGCGACCAAGGCCGCAAGGAAAUCUGCUCCGGCGACCGGCGGAGUCAAGAAACCCCACCGCUUCCGUCCUGGUACCGUAGCACUUAGGGAGAUCAGGAAGUAUCAGAAGAGCACGGAGCUUCUCAUCCGCAAGCUUCCGUUCCAGAGGUUGGUCCGCGAGAUUGCGCAGGACUUUAAGACUGAUCUGCGCUUCCAAAGCUCUGCCGUUGCUGCUCUCCAGGAGGCAUCCGAAGCGUACUUGGUUGGGCUUUUUGAGGAUACUAAUCUCUGCGCUAUUCAUGCUAAGAGGGUUACUUUAUGCCAAAGGACAUUCAGCUCGCUCGCCGGAUCCGUGGCGAGAGGGCCUAAGUUAUCUUAAACUUAACUAUGGUAGAAUCUCAACCUUGUUCUUUUGGGAGUUUAGGCUUCCAAGGAUUAAGAAUUCUUAGAUUAGGCUUUUCAGCUUGUUGUAAGGAAAAUGAAAGCUUGUUUCUUUGUUUUUAUUUGUGCUUGAAAGUUAAAACUUGUUAAUGGGCUACUGUAAGUUCUUGAUGUAGAAGGGAAUGUAUGUUAUUUUCUUAUUUCUGAUCAGAAUUCUUGCAAUUGUUUUUGUU